UUUGAAGGUUCGACCCCUUCUGCUGGAAUUUCAAUUAUUUUCAUUUUCGAGUUGAAAUUAUUGUAUUUUUUAGAGAAGCAUAAAUUUAACAUGAAUAACGAUAAUAAAGAACAACAAGACAACUCUAAACCUUCACUACCUACAUCAGGACCAUCAGAUUUAUCAGCAAAAUAUGCUAAAUGGGAUAAGUUAGCAAAAGAAGUUGAUGAAAAUGAUGAGGCUGAGGAUAGUGUUGACAAAUUAUUUCAGAAAAUAUACCAAGAUGCUAGUGACGAUACAAAAAAGGCAAUGAUUAAAUCAUUUACCGAAUCUAAAGGAACUGUUUUGUCAACAAAUUGGAGUGAAGUUAAAAAAGCUCAAGUUGAAAUGAAGCCGCCAAAAGGAAGUGAAUUUAAGCCUUAUGAAAAAUAA